AUGGCGUCGUACUUGGAUAAUCACCUAAGAAAGUAUUUGAAGGGAGAAAAUAUAGGAACCCACCAAUACGGAUCAGGUAUGGACAGAAUUUCCUUCAACUACCCCCCAAAAGGACAAACUGGUGAAUAUAUACCACAGAGAUUUAGAAGCCUCAUAAAGAGUGCAAAAAACAGCCAGUUACACAGGGGAGGGGAUCACAAUGAUAAUAACGUACUGGAAAAGGACAAUCCCCCAGCCGGAAUAUAA